CAGGCUGGAAUAAUGGAAUGGAACUGAAGGUCACAGAGCCCUCUCCGAGGAAAUGAAAUUAGAGCUGAGAGCAGAAGAAUGAGAAGGAGCUAAUCUUGCAAAGAGCAAAAGCAAAAAGGUUACAAUCCUGCGUGUGGCAAGGAAUCGAUUUAUUUAAGGAACAGGAAGGAGAGAUGGAGCAGAAGGAAGGGAAGCCCUCUGAGGAUGGGACCACUGACUCCCCAGGGACCCCAGGGACGCCGGGAGGUGACACCUCUGCAGGGGAGGCGGCCAAAGGCACCAGCACCGCCACAGAGGGGCCUCCGGAGGGGGCAGGAAAGCAGGAAAGAGCUCCAGCUGAGGGAGGUGCUUCGGCAGAAUUCCCGGGGGAAGCCAAUGGGUUGGAUGAGGUCAAGGUGGAGUCCAAAGUGGAGGCUGAACUUCCAAAGGAGGACGGUGGGAAGGAAGAGACCAAAGAGGCUCCUCAGGAGAUGACGGGUGGGAAAGGAGAGACCAACUCUGAACCCAAGGAGGCCGAGGGACAGGAGGGCACGGUGUUGGCCAGUGAGAAGCAGAAGGCUGAGGGGAAAGCGGCCGAGCCCGAAUCCGGGGAGAAAGCUGACGUGGAGGACCCGGCCAAGGCUGAGCUGGAGCAGGGCACUGCGGAGCAGGAGGCCGGGGCCGGGGCCAGGGAGGCUGAUGGGGAGCAGGAGGCCACAGCAGCCUCUCGGGAGGAGGGCGCCAAGACGGAGGAGCCCAAGGUUGAAGCCCAGGCGAAAGCCAGUGUCCCAGAGGCCACAUCAGACUCUGAGAAGAAGGCUGCUCUGGAAGACGAGGCCCAGGCUGAGCCACAGGAGAGUGACACGAGGGAGGAGGAGGAGUCAGGCGGUCCCCAUGAAGAGCAGGAUCAGGGUGUGGAGAGAGCAUCGGAGGAAGGGGCAGGGGGGAGUCCCAGCUCCCCUGAGGAAUGGCCCGAGAGCCCCACGGAGGAGGGUCAAGGCCUCAGCCCAGAUGGGUUGGGCCCAGACACCGCAGCUUCCGGAGAGACCAGUCCCUCCGCCAGUGAGUCUUCACCCAGCGAGGUGCCCCAGAGUCCCACGGAGCCGCCUCCCUCCCAGGAGAAGAAGAAGGAGAAAGCACCAGAACGCAGGGUGGCAGCCCCUGCCCGGCCCCGGGGGGCCCGGGCACAGAACCGCAAAGCCAUCGUGGACAAGUUUGGAGGGGCAGCCUCCGGCCCCACGGCCCUGUUCCGGAACACGAAGGCAGCCGGGGCAGCCAUCGGCAGCGUCAAGAACAUGCUCUUGGAGUGGUGCAGGGCCAUGACGAGACACUACGAGCACGUGGACAUUCAGAACUUCUCGUCAAGCUGGAGCAGCGGCAUGGCCUUCUGCGCCCUCAUCCACAAGUUCUUCCCCGAGGCCUUUGACUACGCCGAGCUGGACCCCACCAAGCGCCGGCACAACUUCACCUUGGCCUUUUCCACCGCAGAGAAACUGGCCGACUGUGCCCAGCUGCUGGAGGUGGAUGACAUGGUGCGGCUGGCAGUGCCUGACUCCAAAUGCGUCUAUACCUACAUCCAGGAGCUGUAUCGCUGCCUAGUGCAGAAGGGACUGGUGAAGACCAAGAAGAAAUGAGGAGCUGACCGACCCUGUGGGCAGGGCGCCCAGCUGACCAGCCACGGCCCAAGGCUCCCUUCUGCUCCAGAGACCAGAGAGCCGGGUUGGGCAAAGGCAGGUGGUACCAGUCUUAACUGCAUUAAAGGUACUUUUGUAAAA